AUGGCGCUUUCAUCGGACUUGAAAGUCUGCCAAGUGUGCAAGGAGUCGCAGCAUAAGUACGUCUGCCCCAAGUGCAAGCUCCUCUAUUGUUCGCUGCCAUGCUACAAGAAGCACAGCGCGGAUUGCAUAUCGCAGUUUUACGACUCCGAGUUCGUUGCGGCUGCGGCUGCGGCUGCCCCCACACUGCACGAAAAACGCGCCUUCUGCAGAACCCUAACUCGCAUUCACCUGGAGCAGCGGCAAGCGGAUCAGCAGCAGCCGCAGCAGCGGCUGGCUGACAGCAGCUUCGGGCUUGACUCCAGCGAAGACGAAGAAGCAGGCUCCGACGAUGAAGAGGCUUCACAGCAGAACCAAAACCCCUCAAGAGCGCGAGAGCAGCAACUCAGCGAAGAACGGCUGCGCCAGCUGCAGCAGCUGGCGACACAAGGGAGGCUUCAGCUGGAGCAUCUGACUCCGGAGGAGGCUGCCUCCUUCUUCUCCGCUCUAAAGCGAGGGGAACUAAUUCAGUAUUUCGAUGCCUGGAGCCCGUGGUGGCUUUCUGUUGAACUGCCCGAUGUGGAGAAGCCGCCACAUAUCUGCUGCCAGCCAACGCAGCCUGACUCUCGGCUGGUCAUGACGCUUUCGCAAGUGCUGUAUGGAUACGCGCACGUGAUGCGCAGUUUCAAUGGAUCGGUUGACGACUCGGACGUCCAGGAAGCUGCAGGGCACUUUUUGGCCGUUUGCAAAGGAUUAGAAUCGAGAAAUCCUCCUCCGUCUUCUGCUGUUGGCGCCGUGGAUCAGACUCUCGAGUGGGCUGCACAGGCUUUUGGGUUCGGGUGUAUUUCGUUGUUGCAGCCCCCUUUGGGGUGUACGGACAGCGCGUUUUCGGAGGUCUGUCUGUCCGACACCUCGCGGCUCCUGUCGGCGCGCGACUUCGCGGUGAAGGCAGCACUUGCUGCUGCUGAUCUGAUUGAGAGAUUCAAGAAGCUCAUGGAGCAACAGCAAAGGCAGCAACCGCAACAGCACGAGGAAGAGGACGCUCUGCAGGUGCCCAGCGCGAAGCAACUCGCAAAGCUCGGUGCGAAGCAGCAAAUCUGUUAUCCCCGACCAUCUCAAUCGGUGUAUCCCCCUAUGCAAGUCUAG